CCCAGCUGAGGCUCCCUGGGGCAAGACUGAACAAAGGUCCAGGCCCGCCCUACUCCUCUCCCUGUGUGUCCCGGGAACGCGCCUGCCGGAACCGAGAACGUGCAGGACCGAGCGGCAGCGCGCGUGCGGGUAACCUGAACCUGACAGGAUGUUCGCCAAAGCGACGCGGAAUUUCCUUAAAGAAGUUGACGACGGAGGAGACCUGAUCUCAGUCUCCCACUUGAAUGACUGUGACAAGCUGCAGCUCCUGAGUCUGGUGACCAAGAAGAGGAGGUACUGGUGCUGGCAGAGACCCAAGUACCAGUUUUUGUCUGCCACCCUGGGAGAUGUUCUCACAGAGGGGCAAUGUCUCAGUCCAGUGGUCGUGGAGUCGGACUUCGUGAAAUAUGAGAGUAAGUUUGAGAACCAUAUGAGCGGGAGCAUCAGGACGGCUGUGGGCAAGGUCAAGCUGAAUGUUGGUGGCAAAGGCCUGGUGGAGGGCCGCUCUUCGUUUGGAACCCUGAGGAAGCAGGAGGUGGAUCUGCAGCAGCUCAUUCAGGACGCAGUAGGGAGAACGGUUAAUCUGGAAAACCCGGUGCUCCAGCAGGUGCUAGAGAGGAGGAACGAGGUCCUGUGUGUGCUGACGCAGAAGAUUGUGACCACGCAGAAGUGCGUGAUAUCUGAGCAUGUGCAGACGGAGGAGAAGUGCGGAGGCAUGGUGGGGAUCCAGACCAAGAUUGUGCAGGUGUCAGCGAUGGAGGAUGGGACUGUCAUCAAGGACUCCAGUGUGGUGCUGGAGAUCCCUGCCGCCACCACCAUUGCCUGUGGCGUCAUCGAGCUGUAUGUGAAACAGGAUGGCCAGUUUGAAUUCUGUCUCCUCCAAGGGAAGCAUGGUGGCUUUGAACAUGAGAAGAAAGUUGACUCUGUCUACUUGGACCCCUUGGCCUAUAGAGAAUUUGCAUUCCUGGACAUGCCGGAUGGGGGUCAAGGGACCUCUCCCCAGGAUGGGCCACUACACAUUUUAAAACAAGCGGCUGCACACCUGGAGAGAAGCUUCCAUCCCUUUGCAGAGUUACCUGCCCAGCAGCAGAUGGCGCUGUUCUGCCUCCUGCAGACAGUCUUGUUUGACGAGGAACUCCUCAAGGCUCUGGAGCAAGUGUGUGAUGAUAUGGCUGGCGGCCUUUGGUCCUCACAGGCUGUCUUGGCGAUGGAGGAUCUGACAGACAGGCAGCAGCAGGACCUCACAACCUUCCUGCAGCUGGUGGGGUGCAGGGUACAGGGUGAGCGUCCUGGCCCGCAGGAUGAGGUCAGCAACCAGAAGCUCUUUGCAACAGCCUACUUCCUGGUCAGUGCACUAUCAGAAAUGCCAGAUAAUGCUACAGUUCUCCUGGGGACUUGCUGUAAACUUCACAUUAUUCGUACGCUGUGCCACCUGCUCCAUGCUCUGUCUGGUGAUAGGGUAUGUGAUUUUGAAGACCCCACUUUGGCUCCUCUGAGAGAUACUGAGAGGUUUGAGAUUGUGCAGCGUUUAUUUGCCUCUGCUGACAUUGCCCUGGAGAGGAUGCAGCUGUCUGUGAAAGCCACCACCCUGAAGGACUCUUGCAUCUUCCCACUAAUUCUUCAUAUCACUCUAAGUGGGCUUUGCACUCUACUAAGUAAAGACCAUGAGUAAUGUCUUUGUUAGAACUAUGUGCUACUGACCAAGGCUGAGUACUUUAGAGAAUUGAGAAAAUACUGUGGGAUUUGGGUCCAAGCAUGUUAAAAGUUGCUCAGUGAAUUCCAAGCACAGUAAGUGGUGACUUUCCACACUAAAUGCCUGCAAGCACUGUGCCAACAGUCAGUGACCUGGGAACCAUGGUAAAUCCUAACAUUUGAGUUACUUGAGGGAAGAGUCAAGGGCUUUGUAUUUCACCCACCUGUCACCUUAUUUUACACUCACUGCUGUUAUACAAAAACAGAAAAAGUCUGAGACUUCAAAAUUCAUCUCAGGCUGUGAAAGCUGUAGGAAAGCAAUUUCUCCUCACUUCUUUCUGACAUGCUGUCUGUAACACAGUGACUGUGAGACUGUAACACUACUUGAGCAUAUGAAACAAAAUUGUAUUAAGGACAUCUUAUCUUACCCACCUCAACAUGGGGACUUAGAUAUAUUUCUUUGAUUUGACUUUGUUAUGCUUUGAUGAAUAUACUAUGUCUGGAGCAAUUCCAGUGGAUUCUGGGAAUUUGUCACAUGCUGCCAUUUCUAUCAAAAGAAAUUCUGAACUAUGUAUAGUUUGCUAUUUAUUCUGUUUUGAUGUCCUUCUGCUUCAGCGGAUUUGGACAGUUUCCCCAAGCCUCCAGAUUCCACUCAGAGUAUCUGUUAUUAUAGACCAGACCCAGUGCCUCUGGACUGAAGCAGCAGGGAGAUGCAGUUUUUACCUUCACUUCACCCACAUGGCCCCUUCACAUUAUGAGGAAGAGUAACAAAAAUGAAAUAAAAUAAACAUAGACUUCACCUUAUGCAGCUGUCUUCUACAGGGCUAUACCAGUGGCACUGCUCAGAAAUAAAGUGAUCACAAGUUAGGAAGGAAAUGCAAAUGUGUACAGUUGUGCAGAGCUGGUGCUGUGUCUCAUCUAUUUCUGACAUAAGACAUAAAAAACAUGCUAUGGACAGAACAUAUAUGAACCUACAGGUGGAAAACACACAUGUAUGUGCAUGGGAAUGCAUGUCUAAAGUUCAGGAGAAACCUGGAAAUGGAGUAUUGCAAUUCAGGGACUUUGUGACUAGGACAAAAGGCAAGGAAAAAAAAAAAGUUAUUUCCUCACCUUUAUAGUCUGGUUGGAAUUUUGUAUUAUUCUAAUUAAGAAAAAAACCCUGAAUGAUGGUUCGUAUAAAAUAGGAAAUAUAAAAGGGACCGGAGACAGCUGGAGACAGUUCAGUAGUAAGUGAUGUACAAGCAUGGAAACCUGACUUGGCUCUCUGGCACACAUGUAGAAUGCCAGGCAUUGUGAUCACACCUGUAAUACCAGCACUGGAAGACAGUCUGGGCUUGCUUGCUUGCCAGAGUAGCCAACCAGAGGGCUUCAGUUUUAGUCAGAGAACCUGUCUGGGCAAAACAAACCCCAAAUAUGGAGAGCAGUAGAUGACGAUAUCUUUAGCCUCUAUGUGACAUGUGAACACACACACACACAAAGGACACUUCUGGAAAGACGGCCUGCUGCACAAAGCCACACUGCGGUGUUUUGAUGGGUCGCUGCCCUCUUCCUGUAGGCCUAGUAUUAAGCUGUAACCCACAACAGGGCUGCUUGCUGAAACACAUGGUGACUAUUUCCUGGGCAGAUGGGAAGUGGCUAUAGUGACUCAUGCUGUCUAAGCAGUUUGUGUGUCUUCAUCCUGUAUUUUAAUCUUCCCCAACUCUGAAAUCCUUUUCUAUGAAAGCCACUACCAUUCAUCAGCCAGAACAGAAACAACAGCAUAGGGAAUCCUGGCUGAAAAGUAGAGGCAGGUGAAAAUUUAUUUAGACAGAAAAAUUUACACCAAGGACUUAAAAAAAAUCGAAAUAAAAGCUAAUGUGCUAUCCUGUAGUUUUAUCUCUUAGUUCUACCUAUUAACAAAAUACUGCUCAUCUUUCCAACAGCAAGCAUUUCUUUAGAUGCACAAAAAAUAUUUAACAGGAAUAUGCAAUCUCUAAUUUUUAACUGUAUAUGGAAAUCUGUUGAAAGAUUUAUAGUGAGUUUCUAAAAAAUCAGUACUUACUGUAUUAUAGAAAAUAACAAGGACAACAGUGGUGUUCCUUUUUGUAGAAUCUAGUAAUGCAGACAUCUGGAAAGCAGGGCUGCUUAACUUUUAUUUUUAAACCUUUUUAUCAGAAAGUUCCUUAAGCAAUUUGGCAAGCUUUGACUUUUAUAAGCAUGUUGUCUUCUACUGAAAACUCCUACAGUCACUAAAGAGGGUGGGGCUACAAAGAGCAAGUAAGUGCUUGUAUUAGGAGCAAAAUUAUAUAAACAUGAACUGGGGGUGGGGAGACAAAAAAAUUUCAAAGUAAGUCAUUCACAUCAAAUGGUCUUUGUAGGUUCUGACAAUUCAAAACAGCUUGCAGAAAAUUUCAUUUGCUGCUGAACACUUGUGCUGGCUAAUUUUAUGUCAACUUGGUACAGGAUAGUCAUCUGAGAGGAGGGAACCCCAACUGAGAAAGUGCCUCCAUAAGAUCAGGGUACAAACAAGCCUGUAGAAUAUUUUCUUAAUUAGUGAUUGAUGGGGGACCCAGAUCACUAUGGAUAGUACCACCCUUGGGCUGGUGGUAUUGGGUUCUAUAAGAAAGUAGGCUGAGUAAGCCUCAAGGAGCAAGCUGGUAAAGAUAGUUCCUCCAUGGCCUCUGCAUCAGCUCCUGCCUUUAGGUCCCUGCCCUGCUUGCGUGCCUUUCCUGACUUCCUUCAAUGAUGAACAGUGAUAUGGAAGUGUAAACCAAAUAAGCCCUUUCCUCCCCAAGCUGCUUUGGACAUGGUGUUUCAUCACAGCAAUAGUAACCCUAAGACAACAUUAUUGCUCAUUCUUCUGUAGGACAUCAUUUAAAAAACAAAACAAACAAACAACAACAACAAAACCACACCCCACCACAAUCAACAACAAAAGCCAGUGUUACAGAAGAAACAGGAACCAGAAUCAGUUCUUAUAAGAUGACAUACAGGGAAAACAAACAUCUACUUUGCAUUUUAUGUUCAGAUACACACGAGCUACUGAGUUAGAAGAAACAUGAACAACAGUAAUGUUAUAAACCAGGAGACAGACACCAAGUUACAAAGCAGGUCUUAGCUAAGGGAGUGCCACCUCCACAGGAACUGGGAAAUAAGCAAUGUACUAAUUAGGCUUGUCAGAAAAUAGCAGGGAAGGAAAUUUUGUUCCUCAAAAAUAACUGGAGUUUAGGACUCCUGAGAUUGUUUACCAAGAAUGACCAGCCGUGAGGCCCAUUCCCAUAUCAGAAUACAUGUCUUUAGGGCUGCAGCUCCAGGGAGUGGCACAUGGUGACAGCUAUCAUUAAGUCCUGAUCUGCCAUUAGGCCUCUGUUCUUUUAUUAUAGUUCUGUCAAAUGGGAAAGAUGGCCCUCGACAGCAAGCAAUCAAAACAACACUGCUGUAUCUUUGCUGUGUAAAUCUCCCGUCUGCCCACUCUUACCUCUUUAAAUUGUUCAAGUGUAACCUGGGUCAAGACCUGAAAGAGAUUAGAGGAUGGUAGCAUAUAUGCAAUGCAUAAGCCCAAUACCUAUAUAAGUGUAUAAACUGGUACCAUUUUCUGUGUAAGGCUGCUUCCCUAUGUGCACUGGCCAGAACUAGGCACAUGUUAUUAUUAGAGGAUUUUUCUUCUAUUAAUUUAUAUGUGCUCAGAGUGACUCCUCACUGCAAAGGCAUGCUCAUUCUACAAUAGUACAGCACCUAACUGGCUCUUCCUGCAAAGGCUAAGUAUUUAUCACUUGGACUAUGCUUACUAACAGUGCAACCACUAACAAGCUCUCUGACAUAAGAUGUAAUCAUGUCUUAAUUGCUAAAGGCUUCUGGCUUAAAAUAACAUAUAGCUCAGAAGGGGUUUUGUUUCUUGCUGGGGUGUUGGCGUGUGCCUAGGGCCAUGUGUACAUGUUUCUUGCUGGGGUGUUGGCGUGUGCCUAGGGCCAUGUGUACAUUACGGUUGCAAAGCACUCCACCCCUAAGCUCCCACCCUUUUCAGCUGAACAGUUUUUAAUGUUGUGAUCUUUCUUUCCUCUUGACUAGUUAGGUCUCGUUCACUCUCUUGGGUGGUGGUCAGAGACUGCUGCUUCCAUUCACUCCAAGGCAGAAUGGAAGACCGCGGCAGCACUCUUUAUUGUAAUUCAUGUUACUUAAUAAGUCUUUCGUAUACUCUUAUCUGGGUCCUCGUGGAUUCACAUACAUCUUCAUACAUCUGGUACCCAAUGUGGGGCAAGUACAUCUACAUAGACCUGGGAAAGCUUAAACUAAGCUGGGGACAGCUUACUGGUUGUGUCUCUCAUGCAGGCCAUGGUGCAGAGAUGUCAUGGAAUUCGGGCUUGAGCACAGCAUGGUACCUUCCUGCCGUGGUACAUAGAGAUGUCUCCAAGCUGGACAGCAUGCUGCAUGGUAGAUUUUUUCUCAGAGCAAAAAAAUAAAUAAAUAAAAAUAAAAAAAAUAAAAAUUUUGUGGGUAGUGUGCUACAAGCAGCUUGCUGGUGGCAUGGACCUGCUGCUUCCCAGAGCUGGCAGUGAACAUACCUCCACCAUGUUGGAAAGCAGAAUGGGGUAGUACCAGCAUCCAGGGCUGUUGCCUUGGUCCUAGCUAAGCUUGUUUAUCAUUUUAAAAACUCUCCUGGUCAAAAAAAGGAUUACAGAUACAUAAUAAUGACAGAUUCAGACAAAAAAAACCUCUGAACAGGUCACAGUAUGAUUGAUAAAUAUGCAUAUGUUUGGGAAAGAGAAAAGAGUAGAAACAGAUAUAGAUUAAAAUAAUGACUUAAAAAUCCUUAAAAAUAUAUAUAUCCAUGUAAAGAUGGAAAAUAUACAGAAUCUGGGUUAUGUAUAUUAUUGUGUUUUGUUUAAAUUUUUGACUAUUAAUGAGCUAACUGCUUUGCUUGGUGGGGGCUACUGAGUUAAAACAACAUAUAUAUUUUAAAGGUACCUUGACUUCAAAUUUAAGGAUAUGUUGCUUUGGAAAAAGAGGUUCUGCUUUUGUUUCCACAGAAGAUAAAAACCUGUGGAUUCCUUCCAGGCUAAUAUGGUUUGCAAACAAGACCCCCUGAAAGGUCUCUGUGAACCCUAAAGAUACUUAGUCCAUAGACAGCAGGAAGUAGUUUCAAAAAAAUGACAUGCACACUCCCAAGAGUUGGGGUGGGGUAUGGAUGGCCUUUGGUUAUUUGGUAGGUGAUGGAUGUUUGUUAUAUUUAGGGAAACAUAAAAAUAUAGGACAAAAAUAUAACUAUUAAUUACAGAUAUUUUACAUUGUCAAAGGUUUUGGUAUAAUGAUACAAAUUUAAAGUUAAUUUUUUACACUAUAUGUUUCUAUUAUUUAAAGGACUUUUGGAUAUUGAUACAAAUUUAAGGUCAAUUUUUUAUAUUAUUAUGUAUGUUUCUAUUCUUGUUUAAUGUAUUAAUGUUUAUUCUGCUCAUUUAAAAAUGUAAUAGUCAUCUAUAAUAGUUAAACUUAUAGACAUGUUAGGUUUUCUAGAUAUGCAGAGAUAUAUUUCAGAUGGGUAGAUAAUCUUCAAAAACUUAAAGACCUACAGAAUGUCAUUUGGAAUCUUUAAUAACUUAAAAUUCUUUGAACAUGCAGGGUGGUGGUGGCGCAGGCCUUUAAUCCCAGCACUCAGGAGGCAGAGGCAGGCGGAGCUCUGUGAGUUUGAGGCCAGCCUGGUCUACAAGAGCUAGUUCCAGGACAGGCACCAAAGCUACAGAGAAACCCUGUCUCGAAAAACAAAAAAUAAAACAAAACAAAAAUUCUUUGGACACAAGACAUCUGUUUCUGGCAACACCUAUUACUUCAAAGAAGAUGAUGGCUAUCUAAGAAACUCAUUAUGGAGUUUGCCUUCAGUAUGGCAAUGCCAUUUUAGCAAGAAACUGCUCCUGCCUGGACUGCUUAACUGUAUGCUAUAUAAAGUGGACAUGCAGAACCCACAGGAAAAUGACUACUGAACUUAAAGAUGGGAAAGUCACUCAGGGUUCCUGCUUCAUGGAAGAGUCUGACAGACAUUCUGUAGGACACAAAAGAAAAAUGACUGACAAACUGCCAAUAUAGGUGAAACAGUUUUCAAAUUUCCUGAUUCACUGAGAGGUCUGUCAGACACUCUAGGCUUAUAGGCUGAAGAUGGAUCCCCAACGUUACAGAAGAACUUUGGGUGAUUGUCCAAGCAGCCAAAUAUCUCUGUCAUUUCUAGAGUUUUAAAAGUUGUUUACAAUGCACUCCCCAGUUACAGAGGUAAUAGUAUAUCUUUAUGGAGUCUAAGAUGCAGAUGAAGACUAGAUAGUUAUAGUUUUCCUUAACUAUUAUAAAAGCUAAUUAGAAAUAAAAUUUUAGACUCACAAAAAUAGGAUAGAUGAUAAAAUGUUCUCUUUAGUCAAAUAAAAAUAGACUGGAUGUUAUUGUAACUGAUUCUUACUUGAUCACUGUGUUUAUUGUAUAUAUUUUACAAUGUUAAAGCUAAGACCUUCCUUUUUAAUUACACAGAAAAGGGGAGAUGAUGUAAGAUGUCCUUCUAUAUGCUGUGAAUACGUGUUUCUCUUUUGGCUUAGUGGCCAGGUAGAAUAGAGCCAGGUGGAAAAUCCAAACAAAGAUAUGGAGAGAAAGAAGAAGGGGUCAGGGAAAUGCUAUGUAGCCGCCAAAGAAGUAAUAUGUCAGGGCAUACACAGAUUAGUAGAAACAGGUUAAAUUAAUUGUGAAAGCUAGUCAGUAAUGUGCCUAUGCCACUGGCCAAACAAUUAUAAUUAUUAUUAAGCCUCUGAGUGGUUAUCUUAUAAGCAGCUAUGGGGAGAGACAGGUGGAGAGAAACGGGUUCAGUGGGAUGGGACGAGAUAGAGAAAAGAAUCCAUUUGCAAACCUUGACUAGAUGAGGGAAGUCAGAUUUGAGGAAUGGUCUAAUUCAUUUACGUAUAUAUUGCCAAUUCAUGGUUUGCUUUUGGCUCAACUAUAAUAAAGACAACUAUUUCUGGCUUUUGAAAUGAAGGCUGGGAGUACUGCUCAGUAAUGGAGCACACUCAGCAUACGCAAAGUCCUGGGCUUAUGCCCCAGGACACUUGAGCUCUGUGGUAGUAACAAUUAUUUAUUUCAUUAGACUAAAAGAACAGUAGUUUUACAUUUAAGAAAUGGUCAACUUCCAAGUUAAAAGUGGCAUUUACCUUAACUAUUGAUGUGAUAAUUCAGUUUGUGGGAGUAAUUAAAAAGCAAUAAAGUAAGAAUAAAAAAAUAAAAAUGGCCAUUUUGACCUGUGUCCUGAGGUUGUCAGUUAUCACACUACUGUGUUACCAGUCACAAGACAAUAAACAAUUAGAAAAAGAAAGGUAUUUUCUGGAUUUGAGAGUUCACUAAUUGGACCUAACUUUGAGUACUGUUUUCUAAUAAAUAUAAAGGUGCCCAGAAAGCUUCACAAGAUGGAUAAAAACCAGGCUGCAAUAUAAAUUUUAGGCACAAGGAAAAGGAAGGGCAGCUUCAGAGUGUUAAGAUCAGUCUGCUCUGAUGUAAACAUGUCAGAGGAUUUCCGUUUUGUUUGAUUAGUGAAUGGCCUGCUUAGCAGUUAGGGACUUGGAAUGGGACUCUAAGGGGACUCCUAGAUUAGGAUCACCAAAAGGCAGGCCAUAUUGUCUUCCAGACUGCAGCUCCAUCAAGGAGCUCUCUUAAUUCCAGGGACGGGUUCCUGAGCAGCUAACCAUCUGCUACUUCACCUCACCUCAGAAUGAGGUGACUGUACAGGGACUAACAGAGAAGCAAUCUUGGGUAAGAGAAUACACUUAAUAAGUAGUCUCAAAGGUUUACCACAUCACAAUCACAAGUUACUCCUUGAAGUUUACGAUGAAGACAAGUAUUAACUUAGUCCUAUGUAACACAUGGAAGAAAGGGGAGACUAAACGCUAUAAAAACCACAUGGGCAAAAGCAGGACUUUAGUCAGUAGAAGUAGUACGACUAUUUUUGCUUUUAUCACAAGAGAUUAUUUUUUCAAGAUAACCUUGUAGUGUUUUGUCCAAGUGGUACAAAUUUUGCUUACCUUAGAAAAGAGAGCAUCAUUCUCUCGCUUUUUAGUUCACUAAGGAUGUGUGAUUCUGUGCAUUUUUAAAGUUACUCCAAGAUAAAAAGUAACAAGAUGAAAUAAGAGAAAUAUUUUUAAAAGAAUAUAACUUUAAAGGCUAAAACAAAAUACAAUUUAAAAAUAACCUUACCUUAAAAAACUACAGAAUUGUCAUCUUCUUCAAGUGUAUCACAUACACUUACAAAAAGACCAAUAUGAUGCUGAAUUAUUCAUCAAAUGUACUCUUAAAAAAUCUGUAAAUAAUAUUCAGUUAUAUACAAUAAUCUCAUUAUUUAAAAUACUGAAUUUCUCACAAGAACUUUAAAUACAUUACCGAUGCUAUAAUCACUCUCACAGCAAAUCCCUUGAACAGGAGGAGGGCAGGCACUGUAAUCUUUAAAUCUAACUUACAGUACAAUUUCACUUCAAAGUUUAAGUAAAUAUUCCCCAAGAGGCUUCUAUCCAGAGAUAUUUUUUCUUAAGUAAAUUCAACUUUAAUAAUGAAAAACAGUUUUCUGAGCUUAGUUUCUCUAAUAAAAUCUUCAGAAAGGAGAUCAGUGUCAGCUUCAAGGUGGAACCAAAGCCUCUUAAAAGAAUCUAAAAUAGAUCAGAAUGUCUAGGAAUUUGAAAUUAAUUAAAAACCUUAGAACACUAGCUGUAACACGUGGGCAGAUAUAUUUAGCUUUAUUAUUCAUAAAGUUUGGAAGAUAGUUACAUAUUAUACACAUAGCUGUGUGUGUAUAUAUAUAUGUACAUGUUUUU